AUGACAUCCGCAGGAUUCUUGGGCGGCGUACAGGAACUUAAGGCGACCAAAACCAUCCAGCUCAAGGACCUCAUCAACAUCCGCGUCACCCCUUACUCAGAAAUCGUCGCCGUCACUGGAUUCAGCAGCACCAAACCAGGAUCGACAAAACGAAAAGACAUGGCCGUCGCAACCGUCAAAUUGGCCAGAGCUGCCUAUCUCAGAGGUCAGGUUGUGGAUAUCGAGAUCGAUCUCAGUCAUCCUUCAAAGAUUACUCGGAGCCCAGGAUGCUAUAUCCAACUUGUCUGUCGUCAAUACUUUUACGCUGGCGACCAUGCAAAGGAGUAUCAGGAGACGCUGGUAAGCAAAUCGGAGCCGCUGGAGGUCAACUCAUCGGCAAAGACAGGAAAGAUCCUCGCAGAGGUCACCAUCCCGGACACAGCAAUCCCAACCAUGAAAACUACAAAGAUCAUCUCGGUCGAAUAUCACCUCUACAUCCUUUUGGACAUGCGCGCCAGAACGGGAUUUUUUGAGGGCAUGAUCAAAGGCAAGCUCACCAAAAAGCUCAAAAUGCGUCUGUUGAGUGCCCCUGGCGGUUUCGCGAUCGAGGUGCCCGUCAUUGUAGGUACUCUCUCGGACAGUCUGCAUAUCCAAAAGCCCAGCCCUUUCGCCCAGAUCGAGGAAGGAUCACAGUAUUCGGGAUCGGCGACACCUACUCGUGGGCAAUCGACCUCUUCAUCGCCACAAGCCACGACGUCAUCAGCGGCCAUGAUCCCCAUCAUUAUUCCACCACCUUCCGCACAAACAAGUCUAAAAGUUCACCCCCCCACCUCAGAGUUGCCUGGUUACACAGAGGUAGAGCCAGGGCUAAGACCCAGUUAUAACAACGAUAUCCGCUCGCGAUCCGUCGACAAUGUGCACAGGAUACCAAUAGAUGAACCGGCCUUACCGCCAUUACCGCAUGACGCCACGGGAGCAGUAGCGCUUUCGCCGCCUAUUCCGUAUUAUACCCGCCAUCGAGGUUCGUUACCCCAUAUUACAGAUCAGCAUAAUGGCGCAUCUGCUGGAGCAUCUUCCUCGUCGUCUUCGUCAGCAAUGUCGUCAUUAAGGGCCAAUGCGUCGCCGAGAUCUGCCACCGCCCCUGCAGUGGCCCCACCCACUCCUCCCCGGCCAGGACAAGCACAAGGACCAGGACAUGGCUACCCUCUGGAAAAGGGAGCUGCUCCUCCGCAUAGGAACAUCCCUUUGCCGAUCAACAUGUCAGUAGAGAUCCCGACUGCACCAAGUGCUGUGGAUCUCGGAUAUGGACCAGCAUCACCUCCAAUCCCGCACCCGCAGAACUACCCUUCACCAGCGUCUAUCAUGUCAUCGUCCAAGGCUGAUGAGGUCUAUCAACAGCAGCAGCGGCAGAUAAUGGAGCAACACCAACAACGGAUCCAGCAGCAGCAGCAUCGACUACAAUUGCAGCAACAACAUCAGCAGCACCAGCACCAGCAUCAGCACCAGGAGCAACAGCAGCAUUAUCAGUUUUCGCAAUCUCCUACCUCGAUGAGUUAUGGCCAGCCCAGCCACCACAGUCAGCCAAGCACAGGAAGCAGUGAUACCCAGUCGUAUUUCAGCCAGGAUCACCGCCAUGGCAACGGAUCAAACUACGGCUAUAGCCAAAAUCAUGGAGGCCAGCAGCAACAUCAACACCAACAACAACAGAGCCAGAGGAAUAAUGGCAAGGGGGUAGACCAUGCUCCGCGCAACCCGCAUGCAGUGAUAGCGACGGAGUGGGGAGUCCCUGCGGUACGGUCGAUAGCGACAGCACCACCAAUGGACUAUCGCCCUGUCCCCCCUACUCCGUUGGAGCAAGCUGCGAAUGGGUCUUCUUCGAUCUUGUCGGGUCUGAGGCCAGAGGUGAUCAUGGAGAUCUGCACACGAGCAAUUUCGUUCUGGACGUACCAGACUUCGCAGGAGGCAAAAUAUCAGGAAAUGGCACAGAAAACUUUGGAGGAUAAGUUGGGCCAGUUGGAGAGGCAAUUGCAGCGGAUGACCCGGGAAGUUAAUGUUGAGCUUAAUGGGUUCCGCGAUACUGUCAGUGCGCUGCAGAAGGAUAUCGAGCAGGAGAAGCGCAAGGCGGCAGAUUUGACAGACCAGUUGGACGAAAAGUCGCGACAGCUGUCCAAGGUGCAGACGAUAUAUGAUCGACAGAAGAGACGACCCCUAUUCCCUGAUGCUGCGUCGCAGCAUGGUGGCGGACGAUCGAUAUUUUCGGAGGAUCCUGUUACUCAAACUGCUUCUGGUGGAACAAUCGGUGCAGGUGGUGCUCCUGGCAUUCGUGGUGAUCCAUAUCAACUCUACCAGGCAAUGGACACGGAUGCGACACCGAGACCAUUUGUGAGGCAGGCGGUGGAUAUACAGAGCGCAAUGCCCUCUUUGUACACCAAUGAUUCGGCGGCGUUUGCGUAUGAUCCUCCUUCUGUUCAUUUGACCCCAGCUGGACCAGCUGGACGAGCCGUGCAUUCGUCUUCGACAGCAGAUGGUCGAGUGAACACGGUGUUGUUCACGCAAGGAUCGAACAGCCAGCGUGGAGGAUUUCCUCACCACGGUUCCUUUGGACGGGGUUGA